AAACGAUGGAAAAGCAAGUAAAAGCGAGAACGCUGAUCGAGACAAUGCUUUCAAACCUAUACCAAAGACCAAACUGUUGGAGGAAAGAUGCGUCUCUUCUUAGCUUGUUGUCUUGUUGCUUUCGCCUGUGGGGCACCUAAUAAAGAUGUAGUAAAGCGCAGUCCUAACCCAUGUGGGAUGUCAUGUCCAAUAACGUGUGCUCCAACGUGUACUCCAACCUGCUGUACCCCACCACCACCUCCACCACCACCAUGUUGUGUUCCAGGUCCUCCUGGCCCACCAGGCUGUAACGGACCACCGGGUCCGCCUGGAUGUGUAGGAUUACCGGGUUGUCCCGGCCCUGUAGGACCAGUAGGUCCCAUGGGUCCUCCUGGAUGCCCUGGUGCCCCUGCUCCCCCAGCUCCUCAGUGUCCUCCAAUCUGUAUCCAACACUGCAUGAAGAUCUGUCCUUUGCCUUGUUGUCGGCCAACACCCCCACCAGUUGUUUGUCCACCUCCUCCAGUAGUAUGUCCGCCACAACCAUGGCCAGUCUGCCAGCCGUCGUGUCCUCCGAUUUGCUGUCGUCGCAGUGGCAAAAAGUAAAAAUAUCAAACUUCAACCUAAGUCAAAAAACAAACAGACUUAAAGGAUAAAGUUAUUUUAAAAAUCUUUAACUAGUGGUAGGGUAUAACUACUAAUUUUUAGGUUCAAUCAUUCACGAUUGUUAAUUUACGUAAAUUUUAAUUAAAAUAGAUGGAGAUGCAAGUCAUAUAUUUGCAUAAACAAAUUCAUCGUUGACAAGAAUGCAACAAAACAACUCGACUGUCAUUGUGUUCAAUGAGGUAGUUAUAUCAUUCUUAAAACACUUUGUCAUGAUCACCGAACCUGUGACAUCCCGAAUAAAAUAUACUUGCAUUUGUAUUCAAAA